AUGGUUGGAAAGUCAAAGACCCCAGCUCGUGAGGUUAGCCCUCUGAUGAAGAAGUUGAUGGAGCCACAGGAUGUCGUGGUGUCAAGAUAUAGGUCUCAGGAUGGCGUGCCUCGCCCAGCUGAGUUUAAGGAGGCAUUGCAAAGAGGCUUCUUCCUGAUAAAGUUCCCAAGGACAUUUGGUGGAAUGGAGAUUGGAGUGUCGUUGGUGAAGGCUUCCUCCAAGGACAAGUGUACAUUCGAGUGGAAUCAAGACACUGUCAAAGUUCAAGGCAAGGUUGAGUUCCAAUCCGUGCCAUGUAUAUUCAAAGGUUCAUUCAGUGUCGAGACGUUUGAAGGUACAGGUGGUCUGUCAUUUGACUAG